UUUAUACCCGCCGGUCCCGCCUCUCGUCUUCACCACUUGACAGCUGUUAACUCCCUUAGUCGAUACACAUAUUCAUCAUGUCUUCCCCCAAGAUCACCCUCUACACCAAUCGCACCUGCCCCUGGGCUCAUCGCGCCCACAUUGUUCUGCAGGAGCUGGGUCUUCCCUUUGAAGAGGUCACCAUUGACUUGGACACCCCACGCGAGCCAUGGUAUCUGGAAGUCAACCCGCGCGGUCUCGUUCCCUCCCUCUCUUACAAUGGUGAAGUUAUCACCGAAUCCGGCAUCGUCGCUCAAUUCCUCGCCGACGCAUACCCCUCCCACCUCGUGCCCCCUUCAAACACCCCCGAGGGUGCUCUGCAGCGCGCUCGCAUCGCCUUCUUCGUUGACACCUACUCCAGCAAAGCUGCCCCACACUACAACGCCGCCCUGCGCGGUGCUACCGAAGCCGACCGGAAGGCCGGCGUUGAGGGCUACGUAGCUGCUAUCAAGAAGGAGAUCGAGCCGCUCCUGUACCAGGGCUUGGAGGGAAAGGAGCACGGACCUUUCUUCGGUGGUAGUGACAAAUUGACUUUGGUGGAGGUGCUGCUUGGAUCGUUCCUAAUCCGUCUGCACGCGUUCGCGGAUAAGGAGGCUGGACUGAUUGACCCCGCAAUCUGGGAGGGAUUGGCGGAGGCGAAGAACUUCAACCGUUGGGCGCAGGCUACUCGGGAGCAUCCUAGCGUCAAUGGUAUCUUUGAUGCUAAGGCGUGUGCUGACAGGACGAAGAAGAAGCUUUUGGCGAACAGGAAGUAGAUGUUAUGUUGAGCCAUUGUUAGGUCGAUCGCAAAAUAUAUACCUCCAAAGAAUCAUUACAAAAUUCUUCAAGAGCGAAUGCAUGUUUAAAUGCCAAGACGUG